UACAACUCUCUCUACGCGGACACGGCCUCUCCUCUCUCUUCAUUCAUUCUCUGUCUUCCCUAUACCAUAUUUGCGGCAUUUCAUAAACUUCCCGCCCUUGUUUGCUUUCACGCACUUCCUCCGAUCCUAUCCCUGACCCGACCAUGACCAGGGUAGCCUAAGAGCGCCCGCCCUCACCCCCCGUCCGCCGAAGGAUAACCGCAGAACAGCCCACGCCCUCCACCUACCUACCCUCCACAAUGUGGCGCGACCGCACAAACCUCUACAUCUCCUACCGGCAGUCGUUUACGCAUCAUCCAGCCAAGAAGCCACGUUAUCUCGGAGCAUCCAAUGGCUUCUCCGACGCGCUGUCGCAGCCCGAAGAAAGCCGCCGGCUCAUUUCCGAGACAGGAGGACUCGACGACGAUGGCGACGCGAUCAUCGAGAUGGACGUCCUGCCCCCGCGCUGGAUCGAUAUACAGGAAGAAGUGACGGAACUACUCACCGACAUCGCCCAGAAAUCCGCCCACCUGGACAAGCUCCACCAGAAGCACAUUCUCCCCGGGUUUGGCGACGACGAGGCACGGAAGCAGGAAGAAGCUGUCAUAGAGCGAUUCACGCAGGAGAUCACGCGAGCCUUUCACGAUUGCCAGAAGGCCGUCCAGAAGAUCGAAGUGAUGGUGCGGGAGGCAAGACAACAGGGCGCAUCGAGCAGUGGAGAUGAGACCAUGGCGAAGAACCUGCAGAUAUCGCUCGCCCAGAGGGUGCAGGAGGCAAGCGCUCGGUUUCGGAAGAAGCAGAGCAAUUACCUGAAGAAGUUACGAGGCAUGGAGGGUGCAUCCGCACCGUUUGAACGUUCCCCGACGCCAAUGCAGAACCCUUACACAGACCCGUCCCUGAUGGAAUCGGAUGCCGACAAGUCCUUCUCGCAGUCGACGCUUAUGCAAACGUCGCAGCGACUGACGGGCCAGAACGACGCCGCCAUCGAGCAAAGGGAGCGCGAAAUCAACGAUAUCGCAAAGGGCAUUAUCGAGUUAUCCGAUAUUUUCCGAGAGCUACAAGCCAUGGUCAUUGACCAGGGAACUAUGCUGGACCGGAUAGACUACAACAUUGAGCGGAUGGGCACCGAGGUCAAGGCCGCGGAUAAAGAGCUCAAAGUGGCCACAAAUUAUCAACGACGCACAGUGAAGCGUAAAGUCAUGCUACUACUGGCGAUCCUGGUCGCGGGCAUGUUUAUCAUUCUACUGGUCAAGCCGAAGAGACACGAUUCCCCGGAUCCCGCCCCAGCACCAGCGCCGCCGUCGCCACCGCCGCCGUCUUCCCCGCAAAAUGACCUGCCGCCCGCCAUAGAACCCCGGACAACACUCGAAACCAUAUACCGUCGGCGGAGGCGCCCGUCUACCUCCCGGGUUACAAGGAACAAAUGGGGGGAUCCGGACAUAUAUCGAUAGCUUGCAUGUCGAGAUUUCCAAUGAUAAUAAUAAUGAGACCAAUUCAACGGACGCAGUUCGUGGAUCAAUUGAUU